UGUACUACUUUGGACGUUGACAUUGAUUUCUAUGGACAGACACAGAUGUCUGGCGAUCGCUCCAUAUAGAAGCGCCUUAACAGGACCCCGAGUUCUUGCGGCUAGUCUCAUAACGUGGGCGAUAGCAGCCUCCUUGUUUCUUCCUGCUGCCUUUUGGUUUCGACCCAGGGAAGUGGCUGACGGUACCAUUUGUACUUUGGUAUUUCCAAAAAAUGACGUGGUCAACAUAUCACUUUGCUUCACUAUUCCGAUCAUCAUAGUCGCUUGCCUUUUGCCAAUGGGACUACUGGUUUAUCAUUACCAGAGAAUUUUUCAGAGGAUCCUGGAUACCAGGAGUAGGUGGGCCGUACCCUGCGUUGCUCAGGGUUUGGAAGCAGGAGCUGGCGGUAGACGAGAUUCUGAGUUAUCCGUGGUCGGUACCCUAGUACCAUGGGCUGGACGUAAGUUGUCCACCGUAUCCAUAACAGGUCGUCAAGGUAGAGCAGGAAGUCUCUCUCAUCACGAGGAAAUCAGACUUCACAAGCAUCUACGGGUGGUCCGGAUUCUUCUGCUUAACGUUGUAGCAGUUCUAGUUAUGUGGUUGCCAAUCACCAUCGUCAUGUUCCUCAUCUACGUAGACGGCAGACGAUCUAACGAGGAUACGAAUUUCUUUCUUAAAAGUCAUCACUUUGUCUGGGCCCUAGUCGUCGCCCAGCUUAACACUGUCGUCAAUCCACUACUUUACGGUGUCUUCUCUGAGAAUUUUAGAGCAUGCUUUGUCAAGCUCUGGAGACGGGGUUUGAGCAAAGAUCAUGGAAGUGGUGAACGUGUUAGUGGUGGUACGGGCUCCAGGAAGGGUGUCAAAUCCUUGGAGGUUUUUCAAGACAGAUUAGGUGGGCCCAGAACUCCUAGCAGUCUGAGAACUGGUCCAAGACCACCGAAGAAAAGUUCCAGUUGCAGUAUUGCCAGUAUUAUCGAAGUUCCCAGCUUGGAGAAGCUCUAGAAAUUUUGAAGGAUUUUCAAAAUGUCAAAACUUGUGACAGACAAUUUUUUUAGUACGUAAAACAUUCGCUCGUACCUUUAUUACAGAUCCUUGUAGAUUUUGAACUUUAUAAUAUUACAGUAUAAUAGUGAAUCAGUACUUAGAAACGAUUAACUUAAUUUUACUAUUAAAAAAUUACAUGUGAGUGAAGUAUCUCUAUAAAAUUCUCUUUUGUACCCGUUCGUAUCAAUGAUUUAAUAAAUCAUAUCGCUAUGUGCAUCGGGCAAUGAAAUUGUAUUAUCCAAUUGUAGGAUAUUAUUGUAAGAAUGUACAUGGUGAACCAUAUUAUCCUAUGGAUCAUGGAUAAUGAAUAUACAUUUUUUUUUUACUUUGAAUUUUUAAAAUUGGGCCAAAAUUUCAUCAAUGUAUCUAUCGAUCCAAAUCAACGUGCUUACUAAUUAAGAUCUUAAGACAUACCGAACAGAAACGGUGUUUCCGAUAUAUUAUGUACAUUUCUGUAUAUACAUUAAAAGGCACGUAUUAUACAGACAUAUUUACUGUAUACCAAAUGUAAAUUUUUGUUGUCUAAAAUGACAGCUAUUUAUAUAUAUUUAAAUAGGAACUCAUUGUAUAAUUUUAAUAUUUCAAUAUUUAUGGAUAAUUAAUAAUUAAUUUCAAUAUUUAUGGAUAGGUGUACCCGGUGGAGGCUGAAAUAAUUGCUUAAAGUAUUGCCAGAACGGUAGGACGAAAUUAGGCAGCCCUUUAAGAAAGGAUCCGGGAUGUGAAUUUUGUGAAUGUCCAUUCCGUCCACUUGAUUACGCGUCCAGGGUGGCAAAUAGUUUGACUUUACUGCCGCAGCCAUUUCCUGAAUAUACUCUGACUUUGACUCUGACGCAAUACAGCCACCCUCGCAAACUCUAAUCAGACUUCCCCGUCUGACGUGUAUACAAAAACAUGUAAUAAAAGUUAAACCAACAGACGUUGACUUUAAACAAUCGACUUGGAAGCAAGGCUAAAUCAACAGUUUGUAAAACUAUUUUCUUCUUCUUUUUAUAAAAAGGCGAUAACCGCAGGCUGGAUAUAAACAAAAUUUACGCGCCACAAUAAAACUUGAACAUGAAAAGUG